AUGUCGUUUACUGACAUUGGCACUUUGACUACAAGGAAGGCGGAUACGCUUGUCUAUACGCAGGCUGAGGUUAAUGACAUUAUCUCUAGAUUUUCCUCUAAUUUGGUCAAUUUUGAGACGGACAAAAAUGCUUUAACACAAAGGCUGGAAUUUUUGACCAAAAAGGAAACUGGUUUGCAGUUACACUCUGAUACCCUGAUUGAAUAUUUGAAAGUGAAGAGAAUACCGAGGGGGCUAAGGUUAGGUAUUAAACCCACGUUAUGUAAGGAGGAUCCGGCCUUUUGUAGAAACUGGGAUAGGAUCUUAAAUAAAUGUAGCCUUGACCUGAUGACUCUGACGGUAGAAGGGAUUCAAUCCAAACUGUCUAAGUUGAGAAUUGACAUUAGUAAUAUUAAACAGAAAUUACAGUCUUCAUACAGUGACGUAAAUUUGGAUGAAUUAGAUGUGAAACUAAGGGAUACGAUUGAUAAACAUUGGAUAGAAUUAUUGAAGGUGAAACUUGACAAAUUCAGGAGAGACACUGUGGACUAUCAGGAGGAUAGAACAGAGGUACAAGAGGAAAAUACGGAGAGGGAGGAAAAGGAAAGAAGGGUUCACAGGAGCCGAGCACCUCACGGAUGUCCACCAGGAAGAAAACACGAUAGUUGUGAAUAUAAGCAGGAAAACACUAACGGAACCGGAGAUGUGUGUAUUAAGCAAAGGUUUGGGGAAACAUUGGAGGAUGAUAAGUUACCAAGUAAUGAGGAAGAGCAAGAUGAUGUACAAGAAUUGGCGUCUACGCAGGAUGUACCCUGGUAUGACACCAUUAAAUGUAGACCACGUAGCAAUUUUUUUCCCCCCAUGACCAACCAUUGUGUGGAAACUUUUGUUCAGGCUGUAGAAAGGGAUGUUAAUAAACUUAAGUGGCCUAUUAAACGGCAUAAAGCACAGAACCUUUCUAGGGCUGAAAAGGAUGCGCUGCAUAAUCUCAAAUCAGACACCUCCAUCACCAUUAAGCCAGCUGACAAGGGAGGGGCAAUAGUGGUGAUGGACACUGAUUACUACAGGGAGGAGGCUGUUUCCCAAUUGAGUAAUACCUCACACUAUAGGUUACUGGAGGGUGAUCCCACGAGUAACUUGAAGCAGGUAAUUGAUCAUGCUUUGGAGACUAGUAAAGAGGAAGGAAUCAUUACAGAACGCCUUAAAAAAUUUUUACAAGUAGAUUUUCCAAUCAUACCUGUGUUCUAUCUUCUUCCUAAGAUCCAUAAGGAUAUGCAAAGACCACCUGGGAGACCCAUUGUGGCUGGGAUGUCAUCCAUAUUUCAACCGAUGGCUAUACUGCUGGAUAGUGUCUUGAACCCCCUUGUGAUGGACCAUAGGUUACGACCGUGGGUGGCUGAUCCUCCAAUGAUGGCGUACAAAAGAGCGACAAACUUGCGGGACCAGUUAGUACAUGCCCUGAGUGAACCUCCUAAAAAACAAGAUUUAAUAGGACAUUGGUGACGGAUUUGAAUCUGUGCUAUUUACCCCACCUAUGAGUGAUAUGAACACUUUUUAUGAUUAUCUUCACGUUAAAUUUUAUUAUGGAUGUGAUGAGGAUAUACCACGUUGGUGAUCGAUUUGCACUGGACUCUAUAUUUGUAUUAGAUUAGUACCUGAUGAAUUGCAAUAUAUAGCUUUUUUUGUAUGAAAUAUUUUAACAAUCUCUUUUUCUAAUAAUCUCUAUUUAUGGUACUAUGCACUUGCACUUUAUGGUAUAUAAUUUUAUUACAUGUAUUUAUUAACAUUGACACUUAUUUUUAUAUUUAUUCUGUAACUUUAUGGAUAUAACAUGAUCUAUGAAUGAUGUAUAUAUAAUCAUGUUUAAACACUGUCUGUGUUAAUUAUUGUAAUGUCACUUUAAAUGAACUAUGUAACUUUAAUGGGGUUGGGAUUUUUUUGCUACAACACUAGAUCCAAUGUCUAAUCUUUUAUCUGUUGCGAAAACGCUGGGGUUGCUAGGAUAUGGCGUGACUGCCAAUGUAGUUCUUAUUGCACAUUUUUUUUUAAAAAAAAAAAGCACCCAUAGUCUAUUCUCGCGCAAUGUUUUCCCGAGGAAACGAUCGGUUAGGGAGCCGCGUCACCACGCCGAACGUAUCAUCGGCGGAAGGGACGUAGGCACAUGUGACGUCACAGACGCGAACGUUCGGGUAGCGCGCGAAAAUAGAAGUGAACGCAUCAUAGAAGAGGGUAUUUAUUUCAUUGCUAAUCCCCCUACACAUCAGAAUCCCCUUGACAAAGGCAAUUUGCCGAAACGUUGGGGUUAUUCUCAUUUUGGCAGGUGUAUUCGCUCCUUGUAGUCUUCUUUUCUGCCUUGCUUGUACCUUAAGGGUGGUAUGUAUAUUAACAUCAUGUGAAAUGUUUUCUGUUUUUGUCAAGCAUUAUGCUUUUUGUGUGCUUGUUUCUUUUUAACUAGUAAAACAUAUUUCAAUCUUACCACCUGAGUCUAAGGAUUUGUGUUUGAGUGUGCAGACCUGAAUUUUUGUAAACACCUGUAUCUUGAACCUCCCAAGAAAUAAAUUUGCUAAACUAUG